ACCUUCACUCCCUCUCUCUCUUCGUUGUGAUUCCCACACCCCACCAAACCAAACGCUUCCUUCAAUCAUAGGAUUGAUUCAACACAAAACCCAUCAUUAUCUUCCAUCAAAGUUCAAUCCUUUUUCACUUCGAUUCCUCAUAGCCGUUUCGUUUGAGCUCAUCAGCUAUGCCCAACUGGGAGCUCAGGAACUGUUGUGACCAUGACCAGAAGGUCUUCAUUGGUUGUGUUGCUGGCUUCACCGUUGUAAUCCUUGUGCUAUGGAGGACCUUUGUACUUACACCUUUUAAGCUCAUCACUGUGUUUCUGCAUGAAGCUAGUCAUGCCAUUGCUUGCUGGCUCACUUGUGGCAAGGUGGAAGGAAUUCAGGUUCACGCAAAUGAGGGUGGGGUAACCCAGACACGUGGUGGAAUAUACUGGGUGAUCUUGCCUGCUGGAUAUCUUGGUUCGUCAUUUUGGGGAAUGGCUUUGAUACUUGCAUCCACAAAUCUUCUCACCGCAAAAAUUGCUGCUGGUUGCUUUAUUGCUGCUCUGAUUGUUGUGCUCUUUCUUGCAAAAAAUUGGACACUUCGAGGACUAUGUAUUGGAUUUAUUGUUUUUAUUGCUGUUAUUUGGGUUCUGCAAGAGAAAACAACAGUUCAUGUCCUUCGCUAUGUCAUUCUCUUUAUUGGUGUCAUGAACAGUUUGUUUUCAGUUUAUGAUAUUUACGAUGAUUUAAUAUCUCGAAGAGUCAACUCUAGUGACGCUGAAAAGUUUGCAGAAGUUUGUCCAUGCCCUUGUAAUGGUUUUGGCUGGGGAGUUAUUUGGGGGAUGAUAUCAUUUGCAUUUCUUUGCGGAUCUUUGUACCUUGGCUUGGUCAUAUUAUCAGGUUGAGAAAAUUGUAUGCGAGAGGUUUGUUAGUGCAGAGAGCUUGACCAACUUCUGUUAAUGCUUUGUAUUCUGAUUGUUUGUUCUUUUUUUUUUUCUUUUUUUUUUGUGAUGGGAGUUUACUCUCUGUUACUCCCAUGCCUUCAUUCUUUGCAUCCCAUUUUGGGGUGCUUGAUUAUACAUGAUUGCUUUUGUAUAGAAAAUCAGAAACUAAUACAGGCGAGUACUUCAAUAGAUAUAUGUGCCUUAGACAUUUGCAGCUA